CCAAAGUGAGAACUCUUACGUUAAAGGUUAGAGUGAAAGGCAAGAUGUCUCCGUUUUUAAAGUCAUUUUUGUCAGGCAGAAGAGUUUUGGGGGCUUAUUUGCGGUAUCAUUCUUCUCUAACUGCUGAACUGAUUGAAAACAUGGAUAAGAAAGCAACCUGGGACCGCUUCUACACCGAGACCAGCAGCGGGAAAGCCACCUUCAAAAACUUUGAGUGGUUUUUUGGUUUCGAUUCUGUCCGAGACUUCAUCAUGCCCCUCUUGCAAACUAUGUCUCGCCCAGACGCUGCGCUCCAGGUGGUGGAUAUGGGCUGUGGUACGUCAGCACUGGGACCCUCUAUCUACAGGCACUCUCCUGUCUCCGUCCAUGUCACUUGUGCUGACAUUUCCCCCAUAGCUGUGAAACUAAUGCAGGAACACAUUCAAGCUAAAGCCAUUCAACCUCACAGCUGUUCUUCUCAAAUUGAGUUCGUAGAGCUGGACUGCACACAGCUUGAUAAACGCUUCAGUCCUAGUACUGUGGACCUUAUAAUUGACAAGGGGACCACUGAUGCCUUGUUAAGGUCCAGGGAGGGGAAGCGAAAUGCCAGCCUGGUCUUGAAGCAGUGUUUAAGGGUGUUGCGGAGUUCAGGGUCCUUGCUCCAGUUUUCUGAUGAGGACCCUGACUCCAGGCUUAUUUGGCUGGAGACGGCUGCACAGGAUCCGGGAGUGAUGACAGCAGAUGUUGGGGUGCAGGAAGUUGGAGAGCUAAGGGGGAUCCAUUACUACUGCUACCAGGUGACCCCUCAUCCUGCUCUAUAACUGAAACUUUUUACUCCAAUAAAUAAAUAAAAUAAUACAACACAA